CCGUCUGCAGAAUCUGGAAUCGCCUGCUGUCUUUCGUCUCCCAAAGACUUGUUCGUCAGGUAACAUCAGGCGUCUCUUGCAGCUGCAAGGAACGCAUGGAUUCUUUGGUGCUCGCUGCCUGCUUCGUCCCCACGCUGUCGGCUACUUUGUUGCUCCUUAUCCGAAUGCAUCCAUGUCGAGAUAUCUAUAAAGUGUACGUGUGCGUCCUCCAUCUUGGCAUCAAGAAUCAUCAGGUGGUAGACCACAAGCAGCAGCAAUGGAGAAAGGCGGCGGCGGCAGCGAGCCGGCGACGAGCGCGGCCGGUGGCAUGUGUGACCGGUUCCUGACGUUCCUGGCCAAGAACCUGACGAUGAGCAGGGCGAAGAGCAUCGCCGACGGCCCUAAGAACGGCGACGGCGGCAGCGGCCACCGUCAGACGGAGGGGGGAGAAGAGGAAGGUGAGGAGGAAGACGAGUUCGCCAUCCCGAUCGAGAGGGCCGAGUUCGACUGCGAGUUCGGCGGCCAUGGCGACGGCAGCGCCGCGACCGUCCUGGAAGAGACCGCCGUGGCAACGACGACGACGGCAAGGGACGUUCCUGCUGAGCAGAGGGCGGGAGCCGCGGCCGACGACGGUGGUCCGGUGGCAGCACCGCCGGCGGUGGCGGUGGAGGAGGAGGCCACGAAGGUGAGGAAGACGGUGACGAUCAAGGAGGACCGGCCCGAGCAGGAGGCGGCGACGCUGGAGCGGAAGAGGUCGUCGCUGUUCAAGAAGCGGCAGGUGUCGUCGGCGGGCGCGGUAGGAGGAGACGAGCAGCGGGCGCCGCCGAGGCGGAGCGGGCUCCGGCCGCGGAUGCCGCCGGUGCUGCGGGUGCCGUCCAACAUCAACGAGCGCUCCUCCACCUUCAUCGAGGAGCGCAGGAGGAGCUUCGGCGGCCGCGGCAGCAAGCCGGCGCUGGACAAGUGAACGAUCUGGCCGGAGCACCGAUCGGCGAUGCAAUGCCCGUAAUGCUCGAUCUCUCAUCGAGUGUGUGCGUGUCAACGAUGAUCAUUAUGUUUGUGUGUGUUUGGACGAUGUGUCCAAUGGAAGGACUUCGAUAUCCUAAUCAAAACUGUGAAUAGAUGUAACGAAGUAUCUAUCGUCAGAUUUGGAUGGAUCAACAAAUGAUCCUAUGGCAGUGA